CGGUCGUGUGGGGCGCAUGGCGGGGGCCGGCGGAGCGGCGGGGCCCACCGCCUCCCGGGAGCUGCUGGCCGUGGGGCGCCGAGGAGGGCUGGAAGAAACUUUGUUGAUUAGUUCAAAAUGUAGCAGCAAGAAGGCUACAACGUUACAAACCGUUAGGAUGCCAAGGAGUGACGUUUUGGACCGAGUACAGAGCUUUUUACCACAGAUGGCACAUGCCAAUGAUGAAUUAAGAAGAAAAAUGGUAACAGCACCAGCUCAUCAGUUUGACAUUGAAAAUCUAGAUGAUGCAACAGAAAAAGUUAUAGAAAUGAAUGUGGCUGUAGUUCAACUAAGUGAUUCUGAUACAGAUGAAGAGAUACUGACUUCAGAAGAUGACUCGGAAUCUGAAGAUGACUGUACAACUGACGAAGUGACAAUGGACAACAUUAAGUUUCCUAAACAAAAGGAAAAAAAGGGCAAAAUAGAAAUUUUGGACAGCAAAGUGAAUGAGUAAAUCCAUUUUUAUUGUACUUUUAAAAACCCCCAAACCAAAUAAUGUUUUAUUACUUUGAAGACUUUGCCCUUAAAACUGUCUUGUUGCCCACUGUAGCACCCUUCAAGAUCAUGUGAAAUGCUAUAGUUUACAUGGUGGAGAAUUCAGGAUCCUCUCAUGACUGAGGCAAGCUGGAUUUCUGAAGAAUUAAGUACGGUUUUAUUCAUGAAACAAUGUGGAAACAAACUUCCUCAUCGGUUAGACUAAGAAAGCAGCUAGAAUUUGGGGCACUUGAACUAAUUCAGUUAAAAUUCUUGUUCGCUUGCUUUGUUGAAGAAAGAUUUUUGUAGUGUGAUAGACGUAUUUGCUUCAAGGGCAGUAAAGAGUUAACUAGGAAAAAAGGUCUAUUUUUUAUAUUCUGUGGCCUGUGAAGUGUUAUGUAAAAUGUCUUCAAUAUUAAACAUUAUCUUAAAGUACAUUAGAGGUAUGUCUACAUCGCAUUCAUGACAGUAACUGUUGAACACUAAAAGCAGUGGCUGAGGUCAGUUCAAGCUGAGGUAAGGAUGUGGGUAAGGACAGCCAUGACUUGGGAGAGAGUUCAGCAAAGGAUUUCUUACCCUCUGUGCCUGCCCUGAGCUCCACAUCAUCGCAGGUGGGUUACUAGCUCACAUCUGGAACGUUUGUGGCUGUAGCACAGAUACCCUCAGUACUUAAACAUUCGAGUCUCCCUCUCUGGUGUUAAAAUCGCUUUAAGCUACACUUUUCAUCUCCCACUUUCCCUGCCACGUUUCUGUCCUCUCCAUUUUGUAAUCAACUGUCGCUGCCAGAAGAAUGAAAAGGUGAAUUUUGAGCUGGCCUGUACUUAGGUUAGCUUGAAACAAUGGUGAAACCAAAACUGGUGAAAGUUCGGUUCAUACUUACCUCAGGUUGAUCAAAUACAACGAUUUGAGGUGUUGUAUUUACUCCAUGGAUCUGUUUGCAUUUCAGAAGUAUCUGUCAUGCUCCUGGAUGUCAUUGUUUCUUAAAGGAACUUUGUAUUUUCUACGCCAUUAGAGUAAAAUUUCCUAUAUUGUAUUUGCUCAUAUUAAACUUAAUGUCAUGCUUGAAA